AUGGGGGCUCCGAACGUGGUGGGUCUCAGCGGGUCAGCUGCUGCUUCAGGGUUUGCUCCCGUCAUGUUUGAGUGGCAAGCAAUAAUUGCACUGAUUGCUCUUGGUUGGAUAUUUGCUCCCAUUUAUUUAGCAUCAGGGACGUACACGAUGCCAGAAUUCCUUCAGAAGAGAUUCGGAGGAGCGAGGCUGAGAAUCUGCUGCUCGAUCGCCCAACUUCUCAUCGGAGUCAUCACCGGUAUAUCGAUGGAGAUUUAUGCAGCCAGUAUUUUCCUGCACAAACUUUUGGGAUGGAAUGUUUAUUUGUCGACAGUAAUAAUUCUCGUAAUCACCGCCAUUUAUACCAUUGGAGGAGGCCUAACAGCUGUUAUAUACACAGACACGUUGCAAGCGGUCAUUCUUGUCGUUGGAACCGCUGUUGUCAGUGUUAAAGCUCUGAUGGAAGUAGGAGGGUACAACUCUAUGUUGGAACAAUUUCAAAAAGCAGCUUCCAAUAUGACAUACGUAGAACAUCAACUCUACAACAACCUCUCUUGUGGUUUUCCACCUGCCGAUUCAUUCCACGUUUUCAGAAGCACCGAAUCUGACUUCCCAUGGCCUGGUGUUGUCUUUGGAAUGAUACCCCUGGCUAUUUAUUGCUGGUGCACUCAACAGGUGAUCGUGCAACGAAAUUUAUCAGCGAAAACAGUUAUCCACAGCAAAGUGGGAUGUUUGUUGGCUGGGUACCUGAAGAUCCUUCCAUUCUUCCUCUUCAUCAUUCCUGGCAUGAUAAGUAGAAUUCUGUAUCCCGACGAUGUUGCCUGUUCUUCUCCGGAAAUAUGCCAAGAAAAAUGUGGGAACCCAGCUGGAUGCACCAACAUCGCCUACCCAAUGCUGGUUUUGAACAUUCUGCCAAAAGGAGUCAAAGGUCUGAUGUUGGCGGCUCUCCUGUCUGCACUGAUGAGUUCAUUAACAUCGUACUACAACAGCGGUUCCUCGCUGUUCACACUGGACAUCUAUUCACAUUUCAGAAAGAAAGCAUCUGAACAUGAAAAAGUUUUGGUCGGACGAUUGUUCGGUCUCUUUUUAGUGUGCUUGAGUGUAGCUUGGCUGCCCAUUCUGCAGUCUGUACAAGGAAAUCAGCUCUGGAAUUAUACCCAAGCUAUUUAUUCUUACUUGACUCCUCCUUGGACGGUUGUAUACCUGUUGGGAAUGUUCUGGACACGUGCAACUGAACAGGGUGCAUGGUGGGGGCUGAUAGUUGGAUUGGUCGCUGGCCUCAUAAGAAUGGGUCUCGAUUUCAGUUACAAAAGUGCUCACUGCGGCGGUUCUGAAAUAGUUGAGAGACCAGAUAUUCUUGAGAGAGUCCACUUUUUGGUGUUCGCCGUCAUCUUGUGCGCCAUCACGUUCAUAGUCAUGGUGGCUGUCUCCUUCAUCACGCAAGGACAAUCAUUGAAGGAGUUGGAAAGAGUUACUUGGUGGACCAGGAAAAGCAAAUUAUCUCUCAACUUGACAGAUGGCAGGAUUCGGGAGACCGAAACAAGCCUGGUUGGGCUAAAUGAAGAAAAUAAUAGUUCUUCUUCGCCUGUUAAGAAGCAUCCCUUAGCGUGGAGAGCAUACGCUUUCAUGUGUGGAGCAACAUUGGAAGAUGACCAGAAGAUAAUGUCUGAAGAAGAAAGAAUGAAAGUAUACAGAGAGAUGACGAACGUCAAUGAAGAUCCCUUCUGGUCACGAGUUUGCGACAUCAAUGCACUUAUCUUAUUAGCCAUUCUUUGUUUUUUAUUUGGUUUUUUCAGUUAG